UUCUCGAGCUCAGAGCCAACGGGUCUCGCCGAACCGUAAGACAAAGUUUACAGCAAGCGCCUUUAACUGGCUCAUACCAUUAACGGUUAGAGAGAGGGGUGAAGUCCCGUUUGUGGAAACUUUAUCGUGUCUUUGGUUCUUUUAUGCAGUGGUAAAACUGCCAUUAGUCUAACCUUUUAGGUUGUUAUUACGCUGUUCAGUGAUAUAACACCGAAAGAGCGGUUGUAAAAGGAAUCUACAAGAGUUACCACCACCGGUGCUUCCCGUCGUUACAAACAGAGGUAGGGACCGCUGGCUGAGGAUGAGCGGCACCAACUGUCAGGUGCAAGACUUAGGAAAGGACUUUAAUAAAUUUAUUGUGAAGUAACUUAUACGUAUUUGUGACAAUGACGGACAGCGGCAGUCGCGACGGCUCUGAAACGGAAACAAAGCAGCUCCAGGCUAACGCCACGACGGAGUACUGCUCAAAGUUGCAGCGGUGGAUGUGGGAGUAUUACUGGGGCUAUGCUAGCUGGCAGAGCUGGGCGGCUCUGUCAGCCUUCCCCUUGCCUCCGCCGAGCUCUGCCGCUCAGACACCGGCUGCUCAUUCUUCCAUCCCCGCCAGCGGACAGCAAGCGUUCGAGCCCGGGAACUGGUUCGGCUACCCGUACGCUUUCAGACCCCCGGGGUCCUCGGCUCCUUCUCACCCCGGUGGUCUGCAGGCGGAGCAGCGCUCAGCCUCUACCGAUGUGCGGCCCCAGAACGGAAGUCCACCGCAGGCAGGACGAGAGUACGCCAUCCCCUCCCCUCUUCAGAGGUUACUGGCGGAGACGGUGGAUUUCUUCAUCCUGUUCUGUGUGAAGGCCACCAUCGUCUUAUGGAUCAUGCAUCUAUUCGGAAUGAAGGAUAUUGCCAAGUUUAUCACCCACUUCAUCAUCGAGGAGAUCGAUGAGAACACGUCCAUCGAGGACCUGCAGAAAAUGAUGGCGGUCGCUUUGGUUUACAGAGUGUUGGUCUGCGUUUAUGAGACGAUCUGCAUUUGGGGCGCCGGAGGUGCGACUCCAGGGAAGUUUCUGCUCGGUCUGCGGGUGGUGACAUGCGACACGUCCACCAUGGUACGACCCAACCGCAUUUUUGUGGUUCCAGCAUCUAAUGUUUCUCUGUCGGCCUCCACUGUGCGAGCGUUGAACAAGAACUUCUCCAUCGCUUUUCUCUUUCCUGUCUUCAUCACGCUCCUCUUCUUCCAGCACAACAGGACAGUUUACGACAUUGUGGCCGGGACCAUAGUGGUCCAACGCAGAGGGGCCUAAAAGGUCGCCCUCGUCCCCAACCACCUGUCUCACAGACUCGGUCACUGCUGCAUGUCAAAGAGUGAUUGUUCUGUUUUUCAUCAGGAUCCACCUAAUUUAUUUCACAUUAAAAUUUUAUUGCACUGAAAAGAAUAAUGGGUCAUUACAUCCCUAUACGGACGUUGGGCUAUACUUUAAAAGGACACAAAUACAGAUGUGGUAGCAGAAUAUUAAGUUAAAUGAAAUGAGAGGCGUGUGAAGAUUUCCGUUUUCUUAUCAAGAAGUAAACACUUAAUUACUAGUGUUUAAAGUCAAUGGAAAAAAAGGCUCUUUGCCUUUUUAAGGCAAAAAUAUAUGCAAAGUCAACCGUUUUUGUUUUUGUUUUAAAAUCUGUUUUCAUAUGAUAUAGAUAUGAUGUUUUUGUAGCUGUUGUGGUAUUAAUGCCAAACAAUUUACUUUUUGCCUAACCCUAAAUAUGCAAAUUUCAGGUCAAAUCAGAAGAUGUAUUGUUUGAUCAAGCUAUUUAUUUCAUGCUUUAUGAAUUGAAAAAAAAGGCAGCAUUGAAUACAUUUGAAAUUAUACUGAAGCAAAAUAUAAAUACAUCAGCAGGACUGACAUGGCACCAGGCCAGUCUAACUUUUUAUGUCUCCAGAUUUGUUAGCAAACUUGCAGUUUGCUUAUGAGCCCAAAGUUGUUCAUGCAGACCAAAAUGCAAAAUAUCUGCACACAAAACUUUAUAUAUUGUACGUACUUUUGGUUUCUUGAUUCAAAAAAAGAAAAUUGUCUUGCUCUGUGACUGGGCAGUUGUUUGGAUGGCCUCUGAAGUAUUAAGACUGGUUUGUAAAUAAAGAAAGGGUUGCAUAAUCUGUCAGUAUGUAGGUUUUUUUCUUUAUCUUUUGAGUUAGGAGACGAUGUAUUUAUGGUAUCCUUUUCCUUUUAAUCUAAUUUACCAUGUUGUUUCUCUAGUAAGUCUGCUCAUAUCUAAAAUAUCAGUUUGGAUAGAUUUUUCUUUUCCUAUUCCUAAAGUCAGUGAUUAUUUUAUUUAUAUAUAGUGCAGUCAUGUUGUUGCUAAAGACAAAGAGAAAAUGUCCAUUUAUUGUGCCUAUGGAUGAUUUGACCUGUUUUGAUUCAGUGAAAGUUUCUAUGUCAUAUUAUGGUAUAGUUUUUAAGUUACAAAAAAGUCAUUUUGUGACUCAGGGCAACUUGUUAGCAAUAUUUGACUUAAUAUUAAAUGUCAUUUCUGUACAUGAAUAAUAUGAAAACAUUCUGGUAUUAAAGUACUAUGCAGUAAAUGGAUUUAAUCCAUGCAAGAA